GCUCCUCCAGGCUAGUUCCUCCACCAGCAGUUCGCACCUCACUGGUGCCAGCCGGAGGGAGCCCCGGCAGGAGGCUGCUCUUGUGAAACUCCACCCUUCUCUGCUUGCCUGGUUGGAUGGGACACCCCAAAUAUCACCUCACUUAAGAGGGUUGUUUUUUUUUUCGGGGGGGGGGGAGAUCAUCAGGACAGGGUUAAAUUUCAGGAGGCUGCAAACUACGGAAGAGGAAGGGUCCACAGCACUGGGGGGUCAGGAUGGAGGUCGCCUGCCUCUCUGGCCAGAUGCAAAUAAAUGAAUAGGCAUGGAGGGUAUCCCAUCUGCACAUACCCGAGCAGCCCCGUGAUGGCAAUGUGGAGGCAUUACCAAUUCAACUCCGGAGAAAUGAAAUCCCGAAGGAGAACCACGUUGUGCUUCAUGUUCAUUGUGAUUUAUUCUUCCAGAGCCGCACGGGACUUGAACCCAGAGCCCGCCGUGCAUCCUUUGGUUCUCCAGGAACGUGAACUCGAAGGUGAAGGGCCCCUGAGGCAAAAACGAGCAGCCAUCCAGAGCCCCGCGGUGGAAGACUACACCGUGGAUGUUGAGAUCCGCGUGGAGAAUGCCUCCGUCCUGGAGUCCCUCCGAGCUCGCCUGGACGGCCUCCGCUUCCCCAUCCGAGGGAACCACCCCGACUCCGCGGCUGACAUCCUCAGCAUAGCGGUGACCACGGUCUGCCGACCCACCGCCGACGAGGUGUGGUGUUCCUGCGAGGCAGGCUACCGGUGGCCUGGAGAAAGGUGCCUCCGCCAUCCCGCCUGUCACCGGCAGCGGGGACACGUCCUCUCUGGGCCCCACUGCACCUGCCUGAAGGGACUUCCCCCCGGGGGGCCUUUCUGCCAGCUCCCGGAAGGAUAUGUGACCCUGAAAAUGAGAGUGAGGCUGAAUGUGGGAUUUCAAGAAGACCUCAAGAACACCUCGUCGGCCCUCUAUAGGUCCUAUAAGACUGACCUGGAGAGAGCGUUCCGAGAGGGUUACAGAAUCUUACCGGGCUUCCAAUCGGUGGCUGUGACUGGGUUCACCAAAGGCAGUGUGGUCGUCAACUAUGAAGUCAAGACUACAACACCACCAAGCGGGUUCAUCCAGACAGCCAAUGAGAAUGUCAUGAAGAACCUCAAUAAGACUUACAGAAUGGACGACGGCUCUUUCCAAGGCGUGCCUAGCAAUGAGACCAAAUUCACGAUUACCCCAGAGCUGAUCAUCGAGGGGGACAGCGUGACACUGCAGUGCGAAAAUGACGUCUUGUCCCCCAACGUGUCCUGGCACUAUGGGGAGAACCGCUCUGAGAUCCAGAACAGCAGCAAGUUCCUGAUUUAUAACGAGAUCCUCAACAUGACCUCCGUGUCGCGCCUCACCAUCUACAACUUCACCCAGAGCGACGCAGGUGACUAUGCUUGCAAAUUGCUGAUGGAUAUUUUUGAAUUUGGGACCUCAAGAAAAGUAAGUGCGAUACCCGUUCGAAUUUGGGCCAAGGAAGAAAUAAAGGUGAUGUGCGACAACAAUCCCGUGACUUUCAACUGCUGCAGUGAGAACAACGGGAACUGGAGCAAAGUGGAAUGGAAGCAGGAAGGGAAAAUAAGCAUUGUAGGAAUCUCGGAAACAGACCUAGAGUCUUCCUGCAGCAUGUACACCGUCAAGGCCAAUGGAACCCAGUGCCCCAGCGGUUCCGUGGGAACCACAGUCACCUACACGUGCGAGUUCAUAAGCAGUUACGGAGCCAGGGGCAGUAAGAACAUAAACGUCACGUUCGUCUCUGUGGGAGAUAAUUCCAGCCACAAAGGGGAAGUUCCCGAGGUCCUAAGGCAUGCGAUGGAAGUGAGUACAGUUCAGAGCACCACCUGGAACAGCCUAGAAACAAAUAAAGCCCAGGAGCAGCAAGCCAACCUAACAAUAACCCCGGACCCAAUUUCUGUUUCUGAGGGACAAAGCUUUUCUAUAAAAUGCAGCAGUGAUAUGAGUAACUAUGAUGAGGUUUAUUGGAAUACUUCUGCUGGAAUUAGACUUCAUCAGAGGUUUUUUACCGUGCGUCAGCAUCCUGCUGGAGCAGAGUCCGUGCUGACCGUGAGGACAGCGACCCGGGAGUGGAACGGGACCUAUCACUGCAUAUUUAGAUACAAGGACGCAUACAGCGUGGCCACCAAAGAUGUCACCAUCCACCCGCUGCCUCUGGAGAUCAUGAUGGACCCCCUGGAGGCCAGCAGUCUCUGCGCCGGCUCCCACUGCUUCAAGUGCUGUGUGGAGGAAGAUGAGGACUACAGCGUCACCUUCCAGGUGGAUUCUUCCUUCUUCCCCGCGGUGAAAGAAGUCCGUGGGAAGCAAGUUUGCUACAAGUACAAUCUCCAAGUCAAACCAGUUCCCACGUGUCCGAAAACCAUCGAUGUCUUUUGCCACUUUACCAAUGCUGCCAACUAUUCAGUCCAGAGCCCGCCCAUGAAGCUCACGCUGGUUCCUGGGGAGAAUGUGACGUGCAGGGACCCCCUCAUCAGUGUUGGGGAGCCGGGGAAAAUCAUCCAGAAGCUCUGCCAGUUCUCGCAGAUUCCCAGAAGCUCGGGCAGCGUCGUGGGCGGUACUGUCACCUACAAGUGCGUGGGCUCCCAGUGGAGGGAGGAGAGGAAAAACUGCAUCUCUGCCCCCAUCUACAGCCUCCUCCGGCUGGCCAAGGCGUUGAUCAAGAGUCCCUCGCAAGACCAGAAGCUCCCAACGUACCUGAAGGAUCUUUCUGUCAGCACAGGCAAGGAGAAAAAGGACAUCCACGCAUGCCCGGGAAACUUGGGGGCCAUCGUUAACAUUCUCAAUCUGGUCUCCACCGUUCUGACCCAAGUGAAUCUGGAAAUGAUGAGGGACUUGCUCUCCAUCCUGAAUGUCAUCCUGGACACGUCCUCCUUAAACACCUGGCAGAAAUUACUGGACCAGCAGAGCAACCGGAGCUCCCAGCUGCUGCACUCGGUGGAAAGGUUCUCCCAGGCGCUGCAGUUGGGAGACAGCGCCCCUCUGUCCCUCUCGCACCCGAACGUGCAGAUGAAGAGCAUGGUGCUGACGCGGGGCCACCCCAAGAUCUACCAGCAGCAGUUUGUCUUCCCGGACUCGGAUCUCUGGGGCGACGUGGUCAUCGACGAGUGCCAGCUGGGGAGCCUGCCGCCGGAGUCCCCCGUCGUCACCGUGGCCUUCCCCACGCUCAAAGCCAUGCUGGCCCAGGCGACGCCCAGGAGGGCCCCCGCCAGCAGCCUGGUGAUGACCACCACGGUCAGCCGCCGCCAGGCAGCCGCGCCGUUCGGCAUCGCCAUGACGUUCAAGAGCAACCACUACUCGAGGGAGAAGCCCCAGUGCGUCUUCUGGAACUUCAGCCUCGCCAACCACACGGGGGGCUGGGACCCCAGCGGGUGCUACGUGAAGGAAGUCCGCGGGGACAGGGUGUCCUGCUACUGCGACCACCUCACCUCCUUCUCCAUCCUCAUGUCCCCCGACUCCCCGGACCCCGACUCGCUGAUGAAAAUCCUCCUGGACAUCAUCUCCUACAUCGGGCUGGGCUUCUCCAUCCUGAGCUUGGCGGCCUGCCUGGGCGUGGAAGCCACGGUGUGGAAGGCGGUCACCAAGAACCGGACGUCGUACAUGCGGCACGUGUGCAUCGUGAACAUCGCCGCCUCCCUCCUGGUGGCCGACGCCUGGUUCAUCGUGGCCGCUGCCCUCCAGGACUACGACGCCCCCCUCAACCGGACGGCCUGCGUGGCCGCCACCUUCUUCAUCCACUUCUUCUACCUCAGCGUCUUCUUCUGGAUGCUGACCCUGGGCCUCAUGCUCUUCUACCGCCUGGUCUUCAUCCUGCACGACGCCAGCAAGUCCACGCAGAAGGCCCUGGCCUUUUCCCUGGGCUACGUCUGCCCCCUGGCCAUCGCGCUCAUCACGCUGGGGGCCACGCAGCCGAGGGACGCGUACACGCGCAGGAACGCCUGCUGGCUCAACUGGGAGGACACGAAGGCCCUGCUGGCCUUUGUGGUCCCGGCGCUGGUCAUCGUGGUGGUGAAUCUCACCAUCACCGCCGUGGUCAUCACCAAGAUCCUCAGGCCCUCCAUCGGAGACAGGCCCAGCAAGCCCGAGAAGAGCGGCUUGCUGCAGAUCGGCAAGAGUGUCGGGGUCCUCACGCCGCUCCUGGGGCUCACGUGGGGCUUCGGGCUUGCCACCGUGUUCCAGGGGAGCAACGCCGUCUUCCAUAUCGUAUUUACCCUCCUCAAUGCCUUCCAGGGACUGUUCAUUCUCCUCUUUGGCUGUCUCUGGGAUCAGAAGGUGCAGGAGGCUUUGCUGAACAAGUUUUCACUGUCACGAUGGUCUUCCCAGCACUCAAAGUCGACAUCCCUAGGUUCAUCCACACCUGUGUUUUCCAUGAGUUCUCCAAUCUCAAGAAGAUUUAACAAUCUUUUUGGUAAAACAGGAACGUAUAACGUUUCCACGCCCGAAACCACCAGCUCCUCCGUGGAAAACUCGUCCAGUGCUUACUCGCUGCUCAACUGAGAGCCGCCAUGUCCAGCGUCCACCUGCGGGCCGGCCGGGGAGCAGGAAGAAGAGACUCCUUCCUUCGCAAAGACGUCCUGGAAGCAGUCUUUCCACAAUCCCCACUCGCGAGCGGUCCUUCCGCGAUCCCCACUCUCAAGCAGUCCUUCCAGGAACCCCACUCGCGAGCAGUCCUUCCGCGAACCCCACUCGCGAGCAGUCCUUCCAGGAACCCCACUCUCGACCAGUCCUUCCGUGAUCCCCACUCGCGAGUAGUCCUUCUGUGAUUCCCCACUCGCGAGCAGUCCUUCCGCAAUCCCCACUUGCGAGCAGUCCUUCCACGAUCCCCACUCUCGAGCAGUCCUUCCAAGAUUCCCACUCACGAGCAGUCCUUCCAUGAACCCCACUCGUGAGCAGUCCUUCCAGGAACCCCACUCUCGAGCAGUCCUUCCACGAUCCCCACUCGCGAGCAGUCCUUCCAAGAUUCCCACUCGCGAGCAGUCCUUCCAGGAACCCCACUCGUGAGCAGUCCUUCCGCGAUCCCCACUCGCGAGCAGUCCUUCCGCGAACCCCACUCGCGAGCAGUCCUUCCAGGAACCCCACUUGCGAGCAGUCCUUCCGCGAACCCCACUCGCAAGCAGUCCUUCCGUGAACCCCACUCGCGAGCAGUCCUUCCAGGAACCCCACUUGCGAGCAGUCCUUCCGCGAACCCCACUCGCAAGCAGUCCUUCCGUGAACCCCACUCGCGAGCAGUCCUUCCAGGAACCCCACUUGCGAGCAGUCCUUCUGCAAACCCCACUCGCGAGCAGUCCUUCCAAGAUCCCCACUCGCGAGCAGUCCUUCCGCGAACCCCACGCGCUAGCAGUCCUUCCAGGAACCCCACUCGCGAGCAGUCCUUCCGCGAACCCCACUAGCGAGCAGUCCUUCCAGGAACCCCACUCGUGAGCAGUCCUUCCGCGAACCCCACUCGCGAGCAGUCCUUCCGUGAUUCCCCACUCUCGAGCAGUCCUUCUGCAAACCCCACUCGCGAGCAGUCCUUCCACGAUCCCCACUCGCGAGCAGUCCUUCCGCGAUCCCCACUCGCGAGCAGUCCUUCCGCGAACCCCACGCGCUAGCAGUCCUUCCAGGAACCCCACUCGCGAGCAGUCCUUCCGCGAACCCCACUCGCGAGCAGUCCUUCCGCGAACCCCACUCGCGAGCAGUCCUUCUGCAAACCCCACUCGCGAGCAGUCCUUCUGUGAUCCCCACUCAUGAGCAGUCCUUCCGUGAUUCCCCACUCUCGAGCAGUCCUUCCGCAAACCCCACUCGCAAGCAGUCCUUCCGUGAACCCCACUCGCGAGCAGUCCUUCCAGGAACCCCACUUGCGAGCAGUCCUUCUGCAAACCCCACUCGCGAGCAGUCCUUCCAAGAUCCCCACUCGCGAGCAGUCCUUCCGCGAACCCCACGCGCUAGCAGUCCUUCCAGGAACCCCACUCGUGAGCAGUCCUUCCGCGAACCCCACUCGCGAGCAGUCCUUCCGUGAUUCCCCACUCUCGAGCAGUCCUUCUGCAAACCCCACUCGCGAGCAGUCCUUCCACGAUCCCCACUCGCGAGCAGUCCUUCCGCGAACACCACGCGCUAGCAGUCCUUCCAGGAACCCCACUCGCGAGCAGUCCUUCCGCGAACCCCACUCGCGAGCAGUCCUUCCGCGAACCCCACUCGCGAGCAGUCCUUCUGCAAACCCCACUCGCGAGCAGUCCUUCUGUGAUCCCCACUCAUGAGCAGUCCUUCCGUGAUUCCCCACUCUCGAGCAGUCCUUCCGCAAACCCCACUCGCGAGCAGUCCUUCCGCGAACCCCACUCGCGAGCAGUCCUUCCAGGAACCCCACUCGUGAGCAGUCCUUCCGUGAUUCCCCACUCUCGAGCAGUCCUUCCGCAAACCCCACUCGCGAGCAGUCCUUCUGCGAACCCCACUCGCGAGCAGUCCUUCCAGGAACCCCACUCGUGAGCAGUCCUUCCGUGAUUCCCCACUCUCGAGCAGUCCUUCCGCAAACCCCACUCGCGAGCAGUCCUUCCGCGAACCCCACUCGCGAGCAGUCCUUCCAGGAACCCCACUCGUGAGCAGUCCUUCCGCAAUCCCCACUCGCGAGCAGUCCUUCCGUAAUCCCCACUCGCGAGCAGUCCUUCCGUGAUUCCCCACUCUCGAGCAGUCCUUCCGCAAACCCCACUCGCGAGCAGUCCUUCCAGGAACCCCACUCGCAAGCAGUCCUUCUGCAAUCCCCACUCGCGAGCAGUCCUUCCACGAUCCCCACUCGCGAGCAGUCCUUCCACGAUCCCCACUCUCGAGCAGUCCUUCCAAGAUUCCCACUCGCGAGCAGUCCUUCCAGGAACCCCACUCGUGAGCAGUCCUUCCGCGAACCCCACUUGCGAGCAGUCCUUCCA